ACGUUUGUUCCUUGCAGCUCAAAGGGAAGUGAUAAACCCACAGCCUCCCACGAGUUCCACCACCACUUGCUCCAUAUUGUAUCACCUGCAACACAAUUCCUGAUCCAUCCUUGACAUCAGAGCCUCAUCCAGUUUCAUCAUCCUAGGGUUUCACAAUGGCCGAGACAGGUCUUCCAGCUGGCUGGGAAGUGCGGCACUCGAAUUCAAAGAACCUUCCUUAUUACUUCAACGAGUCACAGAAACAAUCGAGAUGGGAGCCUCCGUCAGGAACGGACACCGAAAAGCUGAAGGCAUAUAUGGCUGAGCACCACAGCCAACGCGAACUUGGCCUCGACUCGGGUGGAUUGAAUGGCAAUGCGAAUGUUAACAAGAUCCGGGCUAGUCAUUUACUCGUAAAGCACAAGGACAGUAGAAGGCCAAGCAGUUGGCGUGAGGCGAAUAUCACGCGGACAAAGGAGGAAGCCAUGAGUAUCAUACUUGGUCAUGAGCAGCGCAUCCGUAGCGGGCAGACGUCUCUUGGACAGCUCGCGGUGAGUGAAUCGGAUUGCAGCAGCGCGAGAAAGAUGGGAGACCUCGGCUUCUUUGGCAAGGGAGAUAUGCAGAAGGAAUUCGAAGAUGCCGCCUUCCAGCUCAAACCCGGGGAAGUCAGUGGUGUAGUCGAGACGGCGUCGGGACUCCAUUUGAUUGAGAGGCUCGAGUAAGAUAAGAUUGCACAUUAAUUCCUCUGCUACAGUAGCUUAGCCUGAUAUACGGGAAGGUUGGAUGUGAUUCAUGAUUCGAUGUCUAUCUGGUACAGUAGCAUUCGCAUAUCGUCCCUGUCUGAAAAUGUUACAAAAUACUUGAUCAGAAUGAUGUACAAAUCCCUGCCCCGAAAUCACAUUUGCAAGUCUACUAAUGAGUCGAUCGCUUGAACUAUCGGUGGUACUGAUGUCAACGCCAACGUUAUGAUGCCGAACACACUCAUCGAUAAACUUGAGAGUGCUGCUGCACGUGGAUCUGUUUGUAAUAGAAGUGCUGUUGCAAUGGCACUUGAGUUCCCUCCUAAUGUCACG